AGAGUGAAAUGCACGGAUUGUCAUCGAUAAUGAAGUUCAUCUUUUUCUUCAUCUGUGCACCUUUUGUUUACUCAGAGUUGCACACCAUCACCACAUUUUACACUGAAAUAAAUGGACAGACUAAUGCAGGAAUCCCAGAGUUUUCUUCUGUAACUACUCUGGAUGGACGACAGAUUGAUUAUUAUGACAGUGAGAUGAAGAAGCUGAUUCCCAGACAGGACUGGAUGAAGGAGUUUAUGUCUGGAGACAGAUUUAAAGAAUACACUGAGAUCAGAGAACGAGUACAGCAGACCAACAAAAUCAACAUUACUGUUCUAAUGCAGCAAUUCAGUCAGACACAUGGUGUCCACACGUAUCAGAGGAUGUAUGGAUGUGAAUGGGAUGAUGAGACUGGAUACUCACAAGGGUUUGAUCAGUACGGUUAUGAUGGAGAGGAUUUUAUCUCACUAGAUGUGAAGGAGCUCAGAUACAUCACAGCUGUACAGCAGGGAGUAAUAACAACAGAGAAGUGGAAUAAUGACAGAGAACAGCUUGAAUUAAUGAAACAAUACUACCAACAUGAGUGUGUUAACUGGUUAAAACAUUUCUUGAUGUUAAGAAAAGUGGAUUUGGAGAGAAGAGUUCCUCACAUUUAUACUCUCUCUCUCUCAGCUCCUGAAGUGUCUCUGUUACAGAGGUAUCCCUCAUCUUCAGUGGUGUGUCAUGUCACAGGUUUUUACCCAUCAGGACUAACUAUCACCUGGUUAAAAAAUGGACAAGAUCAUGAUGAGGAUGUGGAUCUUGGAGAGCUACUACCAAAUGAAGAUGGGACCUUUCAGAGGACAUCCUUCAUCAGGAUUGGACCAGAAGAGUGGAAGAAGAACCAGUUUGUUUGUGAGGUAGAGCACAUGGGGACGACCUACCGGAGGAUUCUGACUGAGGAUGAGAUCAAGAGUAACACCAACGUUUUUCAUUCCAGGACCAUCCAUGUGCUUCUGUGUGUGGUGGGACUGUUCAUAUUUGUACUGUAG